AUGCGUUUCACUACCGUCGCUGCCAUCCUUGCUUUCGCUUGCGCUGCCGUUGCAGCUCCUCAAGGCCAUGACGGCGGUAAUGGAAACAAUGGCGACGUAAACAAGGGCGAUGGAAACAAUGGCAAUGGCCACAAUGGUGAUGGCCACAAUGGUGAUGGCCAGCAGAGCCAUGGCGAGAAGGAGCCAGAUCGCGUUGGCUACUGCUGUGCAUAUGGCUCUACGCCCUCUGGUGCAAGCGUUACCUCGGUGAACCCAAUUGGGGAGCCACUGGGAUGCACGUUGAAGCAGGCGGAAUGCACUGGUGAUAGAUUUUACAUUCCCUGGGAAUGCGUGAAGGAACCCGACUCAGACAAAACCAGAUGCGAAUGUCUAGGCGCUGAGUGCCCAAACGGUCCCUCAGGAGGCCCCCUCGUUGAACUUCUAGACUCUCUUCCCGUCCCCUCCAAGUAA